UUUUCAUGCUUCCAGUCCAGGUCACAAGUUUCUAAGAUCGGCCCCUCUGCAACCUCACGCUCACAUGGAAGGCGGUUCCUCUGCCCUGGAGUAAGAGGAGAUACUCGGCUUAAAAAACUCACUUUUACAGUGUUUAAAGAUCCUCCUGUAAGCUGCCACCUUCUGAGACCCGAAAGGUGGGAUGACAUCUCACAUUCCUCACUCCAACGGCAUGCAGAGCCUGCAGAAGGAGCACCUGUACAAGGUGCUGGUCAUCGGAGACCUCGGAGUCGGGAAAACCUCCAUCAUCAGACGCUACGUUCAUCAGACCUUCUCCAGUAACUACAGGGCAACGAUCGGAGUGGAUUUCGCUUUAAAGGUCUUGAACUGGGACUCGGAGACUGUGCGGCUUCAGCUGUGGGACAUUGCAGGUCAAGAACGAUUUGGGAACAUGACGCGGGUGUACUACCGCGAAGCCAUGGGGGCCUUCAUCGUGUUCGACGUUACACGGCCAACCACCUUCGAAGCUGUUAUUAAGUGGAAGGAGGACCUGGAUUCAAAAGUUAUGUUUGCUAAUGGACAGAGGAUUGCUACAGUGCUGCUGGCUAACAAGUGUGACCAGGGAAGGGAACUAAGCAAUAAUGGUGUCAAAAUGGAUCAGUUCUGCAAAGAUCACGGCUUUGUUGGCUGGUUUGAGACCUCAGCAAAGGACAACCUCAAAAUCAGUGAGGCUGCAAACUUCCUGGUCAAGCACAUCAUGGCGACAGAAAAAGACAUUGUGAGGUCGGUGGUGCCAGACACCAUCUCCCCUCACAUGGACUCCAACAGGCAGAUGAGUUGCUCUGGUUGCUUCAAAUAGUGAAAGGAAGGAAGCAAUGAUGAAUGGACAUGUGAGAGCGGAGGCGUAACGGGACUAAGAAGAUUGGGCAAUCUGCCAAAGGAAAUUCUAUGUAGUUUUCAGAAUGGAACAGUAAGAGGUCUUUGGUCUAUGCAGUCAAACAUUUAUUUGGUACUUGUUUCGUGAUGAUCAAAGCUAACAUGGACACUAAAGCUAACCCCUCCUGAAUUAUAGUCUUUAAGUGUUUCUGGUAACACAACUAUCUAUCUGUCUGCAAAACACAAUAGAAAGCAAAUGCAAGAGUAACAUAUUCUGACAUAUUUCCUUUAACUAUUAUCCUCUUCCUUCUCACAGCUGUUUACUUUGAACUGAAACGAUAACUUUCUUACAUUUCUAAAGAAAGUAUGGCUGCUACGGCUAACUAGCGGUUAUUGAGAAAAU